AUGGGCAUACUGAAGAGCAUGCAGCACGACGGCGCCAGCGUCAGUCACUCGGUUUCGUUCCUCCUUGGGGCUCUUCUCCCCACCCUCCUACUCUUCUUCCUCGCGUCCGACAGGGUCAGUGAGCACCUAUCAAGCAUAUCGAGCUUCUCAGCUCAUCAGCUGACUAACCUCUCAACCCAUGGUUCAGCUGCCGAGAAGGUACGUAGGACAGAUCGAUGUGCAGUCUUCCCGGGGCUCGCGGAGCUGCUGCCCAAGGUGGCGACCGACGACGGGACGGUGAUCAUCACGUCGGUGAACGACGCGUUUGCGACGCCGGGCUCCCUGCUCGACCUCUUCCGCGGGAGCUUCCGUGACGGCGAGGGGAUCGCGCACCUCCUCAACCACACCCUCAUCGUCGCCCUCGACCCCGGCGCCAUGGCGCGGUGCAGCGCCGUGCAUCCGCACUGUUACCACCUCGAGGUCGCCGCCGCUAACGUCAGCUCCGCCAGCCGCAUAAUGACCAAGAGCUACCUCGAGAUCGUCUGGGUCAAGCUCUCCCUCCAGCAGCGUGUCCUCGAGCUCGGCUACAACUAUCUCUUCACCGAUGUGGAUAUCUUGUGGUUCCGCAACCCAUUCCGACACAUCAACCUCUACGCCGACAUGACCGUCUCCACUGACAGAUUCAAGGGAGACACGGAAUCCUUGACGAACUGGCCCAACACCGGCUUUUACUACGUCAGGUCGACGAACCGGACAGUUGAGAUGUUGAGGCAAUGGCGGGCUGCGAGGUCGCGGUUCCCUCCGGACCACGACCAGUUUAUCUUCGACAAGAUCAAAACUGAGCUCGCCCACGGCAAACUGCAGAUCAAGUUCGUGUUCCUCGAUCCUGUACGCUUCGACGGCUUCUGCCAGCGCCGCAGCAAGAUUGACACGGUGUGUACCAUGCACGCCAACUGCUGCAUCGGGCUCCAGAACAAGGUGCACGACCUGAAGAACAUGGUCAAUGAUUGGAAGAACUACAUGAACCUCACGCUGCUGGAGAGGAGGACAAGUAAGAAUGGGUGGAAAAUCCCCGCCCAGUGCGCCACAUCGAUGAGAAAAGGUUCUGGGCAUGGCAAAUAA